UAUAGAAGACAGAAAAUGUAUAUAAAGCAGGUGAAGAGCUAUGUCCAAAAUCCCCAAGACGCGGUCAUAGCAGCCCUCAAUACCAACCAGCAUCUUCCUCUAUAUUCCAAUUCGAUAUAGUUUACAUUUUACUCUUCACCUGAUACUCCCAAAAUGCGGUUCAUUCCAUUGGCUUUGGGCUUUAUGGCCACUACCUCUACCGUCCUUGCUGGCCCACCUAACGUCCAAACCGUGAGUGUUCAGCUGAGUAACGAUCAGUCUGGGGCCAAUGCCAACGUUGAUGUACCCACCGACGGUAAUCAACGCUCCGUCCAGGCUCACUGGGGCCAUACCUCAGUGUCCACAAAUGGCGUUGUUACUGCUACGAGCGCCCAGCUCACUCGGUUCCAGCAAUCGAGCCACUGCGAAAUUACUCAACACCCCAAUGUGGAUGCCAAGCUCGAUGCCCAGCGCACCUGGGUUUCCCUGGAUCAAGGAAAGGUGGUUCAGCUCAGUCGAGCAUUCAUUAUCUGCAGCGACAAGUAGUUGCAGUCGGUGGUUGGUGAACCAUGAUGUCUGCAGGUUAUUGAGGAAGUUUAUGAAAGGCUAUAUUGACGAUUGAAACUGUGACUUAUCUUUUGGUGCUCACCUAAUACACAACCUACCGGAGCACCCAUACUCAUAUUAUUUAUCACUCCUUUAAUGUAUGUAUUGUCAUUCACACAUAUCUAAAUCCUAGUUAGGAAAUCCAGACAAAACUUGUUAUAUUAUCAA